AUGUCUCCAUCAAGUCCAAAGGUGUCUACGAGAAGGUCGGGGAGGCCACCGAGACGGCCUUGACCUGCCUGGUGGAGAAGAUGAACGUCUUCAACACCGACGUCAGGAGCCUCUCCAAGGUGGAACGCGCCAACGCCUGCAACGCCGUGAUUAAGCAGCUGAUGAAGAAGGAGUUCACGCUGGAGUUCUCCAGGGACAGGAAGUCCAUGUCGGUCUUCUGCUCCCCAGCCAAGGCCUCCAGAGCAGCCGUGGGCAACAAGAUGUUCGUCAAGGGUGCCCCCGAGGGCGUCAUUGACCGCUGCAACUACGUCCGCGUGGGGACCACCAGGGUUCCUCUGACCCCAGCGGUCAAGGAGAAGAUCCAGAGCGUCAUCAAGGAGUGGGGGACGGGCAGGGACACCUUGCGCUGCCUGGCCUUGGCCACCAGGGACACUCCACCCAAGAAGGAGGACAUGGUCCUGGAGGACUCCUCCAAGUUCUCCGAGUAUGAGACCGACCUGACCUUCGUGGGCUGCGUGGGGAUGUUGGACCCACCACGCAAGGAGGUCAUGGGCUCCAUCCGCCUGUGCCGCGACGCCGGCAUCCGCGUCAUCAUGAUCACGGGGGACAACAAGGGCACGGCCAUCGCCAUCUGCCGCCGCAUCGGCAUCUUCGGCGAGGACGAGGAGGUCUCCGGUCGCGCCUACACCGGCCGCGAGUUCGAUGACCUCCCGUUGUCCGAGCAGCGAGAAGCUUGUCGCAGGGCCUGCUGCUUCGCCCGGGUGGAGCCCACCCACAAGUCCAAGAUCGUGGAGUUCCUGCAGUCCUUCGAUGAGAUUACGGCCAUGACCGGCGACGGCGUCAACGACGCUCCGGCCCUGAAGAAGGCGGAGAUCGGCAUCGCCAUGGGCUCGGGAACCGCGGUGGCCAAGACGGCCUCGGAGAUGGUCCUGGCCGAUGACAACUUCUCCACCAUCGUGGCGGCGGUGGAGGAGGGCAGGGCCAUCUACAACAACAUGAAGCAGUUCAUCCGUUACCUCAUCUCCUCCAACGUGGGCGAGGUGGUCUGGUGAGCGCCCAGUUUGGACCAGUUUAAACC